AUGGCAUCACGCACAAUUUUGAACGUAUUUGAGCAAUACGAGCGCGCUCGUUUGAACUUUGUCCAAACGGUUUCCGACUUAGCAAUUAGGGCAACGAAUGUCCAGUGCCUAAUUAGUGCCAAAGCAAUUGCAAUCCUUUCAAGUCUGUUAAAAGACACGAACAAUUCAGUGGUACAACUAGCAACAUUGGGCCUUGCACGUCUUGCUGGACAUAGUGAAAAAGUUGCCCUAAGUAUUGUAAAUGCUGAUAUCGUGCAAGUGAUGCUGCAAUCAGCAGAUAAUCAUCUUGUGCACUAUAAGCGCGCGGUGCUCCUCGCUCUGAGAUCCAUUGCCAAGCAUGGCACACAAUUGGCUACAAUGGUGCAACAUUGUGGUGGCUUAGAAUAUGCCAUUGGACGCCUGGAGGAUUUUGAUAUAACAGUUAAAGAAAGCGCGAUGGCUUGCAUUGCUCAUAUGGCAAAACAUUCACCAGAGCUGGCAAGGGCCAUUGUAGACCAGGGAGCUGUACCUUUGAUAGUAUUGAAUCUACAACAACCAGAACUUUGCCUAAAGCAAAGCGCCGCGAUGGCUUUAUCUGAAAUAGCCAAACACAGCCCUUCGUUGGCAGCGAAUAUUGCUGAAAGCGGUACAAUACUCUUCCUUAGCAAGUGUCUUGCCAAUCAAGACAACAAAUUGAAAAGAUGUGUAUUGUCAACAUUGGCACAAAUAGCUUCUCACAGUCAACAAUUAGCUGAGGCUUGUGUAGAAGCGGAAGUAUUUCCGGUGGCAUUACAUCUUUUAAUGAGUGAGGACAGAUUAAUCAGAGUAAAUGCGGCCGAUUUGGUUCGGCAAAUCGUGAAACAUUCCGUGGAGUUGGCCCAACUGGUUGUAAAUUCUGGAGCUUGCGGGCCAUUGAUCGAGCUCACUGCAUUGCCAGACCCUGAUGUACAAGUGGCCGUACUAACCGCAAUUGGUUAUAUUGCCGGACAAUCGGAGCAACUAGCUUUAUCGUUAAUAGCGGCUAAAGUUGUUACUGUCAUCGCAGCUGUUAUUGCAGAUGAACAACCUGAUAGAGUUCUUACUGCUGCUGUUUGGGCUCUGAGUCAUAUCGGUAAACAUACUCCUGAGCACUGCAACCAUAUUGCAUUAGCUGGGAUCUUUCCUCGAUUAGUCGAGUUACAUAUAAAAGGCAGUAGUUCUGAAGAUUUGCAAAAUAAAUGUAAAUGUGCCCUAAAGUUGUGCUUACAAAAAUGUUUACAUCUGCCUGCUCUCGAGCCGCUUCUCUAUGAUUCUCCACCAAGCAUACUUAAAUACAUUCUAGGACAAUAUAGCAAAAUUCUUCCACAUGAUCAACGUGCAAGAAGAUUAUUUGUUACAACAGGAGGUCUAAAAAAAGUACAAGAAAUACCAGCAGAACCAGGUAGUACAUUAAUGGAGUACAUUGCCAACAUUAAUGCAUGUUUCCCAGAGGAAGUUAUUCGCUAUUUAACGCCGGGUUAUGCUGAAAAUCUUUUGGCUCAAGUAGAAGAGUUUACGCCAAAGAUUCCACCAAUAUUUAUGGAGGAGAAGGGUAGUGACAUAUGUAAUGAGUUUAUGCUCCAAAAUCAAGAUGGACAGGAGGAACAAAUUCCAGAAGAAGUUAAAUCUCCAGCAAACAAUGCAAAACGAAAAAGCAAAGGAAAAAAAACGUGAUUACAUAAUCAAAUAUAAAACAAAUUAUCGGCUAAA